CACUAAGAAGUACAACUUCCAAGCCUAACAGCAGCAGGCUGCUGAACCUGAGUGUACUUAUCUGAUGAUCUGCCUGGAGCAGAUGAAAGAAGGGUGUGGGAAUCCUCCUACAUGAAGCUUUUCCAUUGUUGAACAAGAUAAAGAGUGGCUUGCUUAAAUGACUUAAUUGGCUUCAUCAGUAUCCUGUUCUGCAGAUGAAUGUGACGGAAAACAUUCAAAGAGACAAGCUGGAAUUUGGAAACCCUGAAAUGGGAAACUAGGGUCCCUUUUGGUUUUACAGGGAGCAUGGCUGAUUGAGUCUAGUGCACCUAGAAUGAGAAAGCUGAUGUCUUCAACCUCAGACCUGAGCAGACCUUCAAUGGUUUUUUGAGGCUGUCACCAUAACAUUGCUGCCUAUUUUUAUGAAUGUAUUUAAAUGUCACUCGAAUGAGUUGUUGGAUAGGAAAAUGACUCUUAUUCUCUCACAGUUAUAGAUAAUCCUUGUUGCAUUGACUACUUGUCAAAACAUAACCAAGUUCUUGUGUACCUGAGGAUGUUGGCACUCAGUGGGUUUCGUGAUAAUUAGGUGAUAUGGAUCUGCCCUAAAAGGUAACUCUUAGUCUGCAUAGUUAGGUGGAAGUUGCUGGACUAACCUGUGAAUGCCAGAAGCCUUUUCUUUCACACACAGCAGUUGGUGCCAUUACCUCUGGGAUUGGAUUUCUAAAAAACUGAACUCUGGAAUUGUUGAACAACAUCAGUCUGUGGCUGCUGAGCUGAUACUGAUAUAUGUGUUCUUGCAACUUUGGGCACUGAGAUUAGUCUGCAGGUUUUUUGUCUUCUGGAGUCCUGCAUGGUGGUGACACUUGACAAAGUACUGCUUUGCUCUUCUGUUGGUAUAGUACCAGCAGCACAUCUCCUUCAGAGAGUUUUCUGUGAAACUGUACUGCAGUCAGGUCAAUUCAGUGAAGAUAUGAUUCCUACUGUGGGCUUCAACAUGAGAAAAGUUACAAAGGGUAAUGUUACAAUAAAGAUUUGGGAUAUAGGAGGACAACCACGAUUCCGAAGCAUGUGGGAGCGAUAUUGCAGAGGAGUUAAUGCUAUUGUCUACAUGGUAGAUGCUGCAGAUCGUGAAAAAAUAGAAGCCUCUCGAAAUGAGCUGCACAAUCUUCUAGAUAAGCCACAGUUACAAGGAAUCCCUGUUCUAGUACUUGGAAAUAAGAGAGACCUUACUAACGCUCUGGAUGAGAAACAACUAAUUGAAAAGAUGAAUCUUGCUGCUAUUCAGGACAGAGAAAUCUGCUGCUACUCAAUUUCUUGCAAAGAGAAAGAUAAUAUAGAUAUCACGCUUCAGUGGCUUAUUCAGCAUUCAAAAUCUAGGAGAAGCUGAAGUCUUCCUGGAAUCUCCAAUACCUGUUGGCCAUAAUCUCAAUUGUCCACUUCCCUCCAUAAUGAGAUAUUACCCAAAAAUCCUGUAUCAAGAAUCUGCCUUUUCACGGUUCAUUUCUCAUGUGCACUGCUGAAGACUUGUAUUCCUGUUCUGUCACAAAACAACUAGAGUUGUCAUGAUACAGUCAGCACAAAUAUUUAUUUUACAACCAUCUAUGGUGGGAGGGUUGUGGGGGGGCUUUUUAAAAAAAAAAAAAUCUCUACCAUGUUAAUUAUGAUGGUACACUCUGUUCUGGUUUUUCAGGGCCAGGUUUUUAUAUGAUUUUCAGCAAGUGUUUUAUUUCUAGUGUUUAGUGGCUUGAAGAUGCUGGUGCUUGACAGCAUUAAGAUUCUGUAAGAUGCCACACACAGUAGUUAGAAAACAUUUAGGAGUGAGUUGUGGGAUACUGAUUUAUCUCACAAAUGCAUGUGAUGUGUGUAUGUAAGCAGAGAAAUGGAAACUGUUUGCAGAGGGGAGCACAAGGCAUAGAUCAGCAUCACUCAUCUACAGCUGAGAUCUUACCCUGUCACUUGAAAAAGAAAACUCUCAUGAUGAAUUAGGAAAGAGUCAAAUGUUUAAAAUAAUUUUGUUGCCUUUGUUUAACAUUUGUGUGGGGGAUGGGAAUGGACUGUUCUCUCAAGCUUUCAAAAAUUGGAGUAUUCCAGCAUGAAAACAAAUCGCCAGGAACAUCAGACUCUGUUCAAAUACAUUUUUCUAUCUACAGAUGCUAGUGGUCUCUAUCUGAAACCAGAACACACAUUCUGAGCAGCUGCAUGACACUUAAAUUACUGAUGUUUUUGUAUGGAGUCAGUUGUUGACCUUUAGCACAAUAUCAGUGUAACUGUCUAGUGUCUCUCCUUCUCAUGAAAUGGCUGGGCACAGUUUCAGCUGGUGCUAUGGAACAUCUGGGCUAUUGUGACAACUCUAGACCUGCCUGCUUUCUUGAUGUAACCAUGUGCAAAGUCUGUAAGUUGCAAGAUGGAAUGUUCUACUGUGUCAAAGCACAAGAGAGCCAUUGAAUUGAUCCUGUUUCUUGACUAGCUCCUACAGUAUAGGGAAAUAUGUAUAAACUAAAGAUUGUAAUGUUUUCGUAGCUUUACUUAAUGACUUCAGUGUAUUUAAAGGGACAGACGUUAAGACUGGUUUGUUCAUGCAGUAAUGUCAGUGUAGCUCACUAGUGUAUGCAAGUACAUGGCACACCUGCUUGCGUUGCCUCACACUGUGUGUGAUUCUGCACCUACAUGUACUUUGCGUUGUGUCGGAGUCUUUGGUUGGAAACACUGUUUAGUCCAUAUCAGUUAUAACAAGCCAGUUUUAAUUUAGACUGCCAUGGCCUUACUGUUCUGUACCAACUAUGGCACUGUUGCACAGACACUACAUGCUGCCUGCGUUCAGUCUGAACUUGCAUUUUAACUUUUUGUCCCCUUUCGGUUCGCUGAAGCAUGAUUUCAAUUAAUUCAUACUCUGGUGCUGUAGAGGAGAGGGUAUAUUAACUUGCUACUGUAGUCUCUAGUUCACCAAGAACUGCUACAGUUACUUUUAUUUAGCAAACUUGCUUGUGCCUAAAAUAAGGAAACUAAACUAGAAUGUGUGAAUCUUUGUGGGGGACCAGGUCACCGUAUAGUUAACUGGCCUAUAGCUAAACUUGAUGUGUUUGGUGUUUAUAUACUUCACUGCUUUCAGCGUUUAUGGCAUCCAAACACUACCAAUUGUUAACCUGUGCAUUACUCUCUGCAUGUGAACAACUUAUACAAUUACUGAACUUUGUAAAUACGUGAAUUUUUUAUUUAGGUGGAUGCAUAUGUUGGUUUACUGGUCUUCAGCUUUAUUCAAUAAACUUAUGUUUUGAGGGUUGUAUUGACACUUAA